CAGCACCCCGCCAGGGGCGAAUCACACCCAUUGUUUUGGGUGAUGCGGCCAAGUGGGGAAAUCAAAACUACUCCUUUAUAAGCUAAGGCAUUAAGAUAGAACGCGCAGUUGCCAUUGAUGCGGGAAUCAGGAUUUUGCCGAAUACUGAGGAUGACUACUGCAGGAUCAUUCGCCUGUUCAGGGAGGAGGACGUGCCCCAUUAUACGUUUCCUCUUCCUUCAGAAUGAAAUAUUCACGCGGUAGUCAGAUGUAUACCCGCAAUGUUUUCAGAACAGAAGAUCAAAGGGGAAUUAGAACAGAGCGGAUAUACUCCCCUCCACAUUGUCCGACUCAAACGCAGUGGCGGCGCACCCAUGCCUUCGGUGGUCGUGAUACUGCCCAAGAUGGAAAAGUCCCAGCAGCUUGUUCAAUGAACAUGAGCUGCUGGGUCUAGCAAUCAGAGUUGAAGUUCAAAAGAACUCUCGCUGCCAAAGGUAUGGUCAUGGUGCACAGCAUCUCCCAAAUGUUUAAAAUGUGC